CCUGCAAAGAAAGAAAAGGCUUGGUGGAGCCUUGAGUCGAAAAUCACACACACGCCUAAAUAUACAUACUCGCUGUUUCCCUCAGUGCUGCAGCAGCGAGCGCCUUCCCCAUUGCGAACGUCGCAUACCAAUCGUUGUUAGCCAUGGCGCCGACGAUUAAGUCUCUUUUCCUCGAUAUGCUCCCGCCUGAGCUUCGACUUCGCAUCUACGACUACCUUCUCGUUGCAGACAAACCGUUGAAGGGUGUCAUCGCCCGACGAAACACCAGAUAUGGCCUGGAUACGAAGAUCCUUCGAGUCAACAAGCAGAUCUAUGCGGAAGCCAGGAAUGCCUUUUUUGGCAAGAACACCUUUUACGUCACAACACUGCCGAGCCAAAGCGAUGACGAUGUCGAAGGGUCCGGCGCAUUCGAACCACCACUGCAAGUCAAGGACCUCCCAUUGCUACAGCACUUGGAAAUCGAUCCAUUGUACUAUCCCAAGAAGUUGAGAACGGAGCCCAGUGUUGGAGGAUGGAAGCCCAUCUGUCCUGCUGCAGAGCGCUAUAUAAUGAACCUGACGCACUUACUCACCUUCGUCAAGUCGACACUGCUGAGUCUGAGUUUCAAGGCUGAUACGCGAUCGUAUGCGAGCUUCAGUGACGAAGUGUUCGGCGCACUGUCUUCAGAUGACGAGAGCUUGGAUGAUUCGCUGGACGUGAAGAAGGUUCUGACGGCAUUUCAUAUCAUCGAAGGCAAUCUACGGUUCACGAAGGCUGUAUCAGAGCUUGUUGCAGUGAGAAGCGUAUCGGUUGGGUUCUCCUUCCCCGAGUCAGACUUCAAGUUCAAAGUCGAGAAGCAGGAGCUGUGCAAGAGAGGGCUAUUGUUUCUGGCAUGUCAGACGGUCUUUGCGAGAACUGAGAUCAAGAUCAAGGCCAUGUUGGAGAGGCUCAGUGAUGAUGGACUGGACGAAGCGGAGGAAGCAGAGGCACAUGAGGGCGCUGCUACGUCAGACAUCACAUUAGGGGGGCAGCGCCGGGAACUGGUUGGCGUGGUGCAGGAGGCGAGGCACGUCGUGGAAAUGAUGAAGUGAGCCUGCUGGGCAGAACCGGACGACAGCAGAUGAUGAUGAUUCGAUGAUACCCAUGUUUGAAAGAGUACUGUACAUAAACC